UUUUCGCGGUGCGCGCGUGGUGGGUGGAAGAAUCAAAAUCCUCCGACUGCGGGUGUUUUCUGGUAUCAGUCUUCUCGUCUCGCACCAAAUAAGCAAACGGACAGCAGACAGCCGUCAAACCAGAGUGAAAAUCCGUAAUCCAACCAAAGCGUUUGCAAACAACGGAGUAGUUUCAAUUUGUCACUGCAGAAGAAAUUAACCUGUGAAGUACCUGCGCUCGUCAUCAUCAUGUCCUCGACGGAGAAGGAAAACAUCUUUUUCUUCGUGCCGAACAUCAUCGGUUAUGCCCGGAUUGUUCUGGCCAUCGUAUCGUUCUACUACAUGCCCACAAAUUACGUUGUGGCCGGAUGGUGCUACAUCGUGAGUGUGGUCUUGGAUGCUCUCGAUGGUCAUGCAGCGCGGCAUUUCAAUCAAUCAACAAAGUUCGGUGCCAUGUUGGAUCAAUUGACCGAUCGUUGCGGCACUAUGGGUCUGUUAGUAACGCUGAGCUAUUUCUACCCGGCCUACAUGUUCUGGUUCCAGCUGUCGAUGGCCAUCGAUGUCGCCUGUCACUGGUUUUACCUGCAUACUACUGUCCUGCAGGGUAAAACAUCCCACAAGUUUGUCGAUCUUUCUGGUAACCCGAUUAUGCGUGUGUACUACACCAAUCGCACUGUGCUUGGACUCAUGUGCUUGUUCAACGAAUUGUUCUAUGCGGCCCUGUAUCUGUUGCAUUUCACCCCUGGACCAGCUAUUCUCGGUAUCUCUUCGUUCAAGCUGCUGGCAAUUGUUUCGGCUCCAGUGGCCAUUGCCAAGACGGCCAUUUCCGUUAUUCACGGUUAUGUGGCCAGUCUGAAUAUCGGGACGAUCGAUGUGGCCGAACGAGAAGCCGCACGGCAGCGUGAGGCCGCCAAGAAGCCACAGUAAUCUGGAAUCUGCUAGUUCUCCAAAGGAAAUACCAAGCUUUCUUCCAAACACAUCAUUCAUCCAGUCCUUCCAGCCAGGUGAGUUUCUUUUUGUGGUAAUAUCUCUGUUAACUCAAUAAGGUAGACUGUCGCAAAGCUGGGACUCCAGGAGCAACCGUUUGAAAGGAGGAAAGCAAAAUCUGUAGGCUAUUAUAAAUGUUACACUACACUAACUUUUGUCGUGUAUACCUUGCAAUCCUUGAUAGCUGUCGUGUUAGAAAGUCGAGAUCUUUCAGUUUUUAUAGCAUUCGUACACGUUUCUGGCACAGCUUUGAACAUCAUUGCCUCAAAAGAAUGCAAAAACGAAAGUAACCUCGGAAAAGUGAAUGGGUGUUUUGGUAGAGUUAUAUCUGAAAAUUGAUAUUAAAUUCAUAAAACAGGUUUAAAGUGAAACUUUAGAGAUUGUUUCCGAUGCAAAUGAUACCAAAUACAGAAAAAACAAAUGUGACAAAUUGACCUUUACGACAAACCAAACAUUGAAGGAUCAUCAUAAGUGUCAAAUUACAAAAUUUAAAAACCUGAAUCGGUGAGGCGAAAAAUUAUCAGAAUGUAUUUUAUAUUAAAAAUAACAAUCGUAAGAAUAACAUUCGUCCAGCACCGGACAAAAGCUUUAGCAUUCCACAGGUGAGCAAUAAAAGGUAGAACCAAAAGCUCUCGAUAGAAGAAAACCCGAAAUCCGAGAUUACAAAAUCAAAUGAUCCCCUGUGCGUGUUUAGAUUUCAUCCUCCCAGGAACCGGUACCGGUUCAAACUGUCAACAAAUGAGUAUAUAAAAUUAUAUUAUAUAGAGCAAGAAUUAUAUUUAACACAUAAUUUCAUACCAACACACAAAAUCAAUACAUAUAUCUAACUCAAGUGCACCCCGAAUCAAAUCGAUGUUGUACUUAACAGAGAAAAAAAAAACAAGUUGUAUGAGCAUUCAUCUGUUUAGUAAUAAAAGUAUGUAGACAAUGGAA